ACUGUACUGCUCUCAACUACUCCAAGACAACCUAACAGACAACAUCAUGUGGAUGGACACUUGCAGUGAAAUUGUGAGACAGCCAACCGCCGAUGCCCGGUCCAGAAAUGCCAACCGGCGGAAGAGGACUAGCUUCUCCAAGGAGCACGUGGAACUGCUGAAGGCUACAUUUGAGACAGACCCAUACCCGGGCAUCAGCCUCCGGGAGAACCUGUCCCAGACAACCGGGCUGCCAGAGUCCCGCAUUCAGGUAUGGUUCCAGAACAGGAGGGCCAGGACUCUGAAGAACAAAGCUGGCAAAAAGCUGUCCUGGAGGGGGGAGUCAGAGAGCCCCCAGCUCAGCCCCUACGGCCCUCACCAAACCACCCCUCCGCCCCCAUACCACCGCACCUCAGGGGCCAGGGGCUCCCAGCCAGGCCCGUACCUGGCUCAGGUGAAGGAGGAGGCAGAGGACAGCUGCUUCUAUGGUCAGUUCCUGCCCCUUUCUGCCAAUGGAGAGUCUGAGUGGUUGGCAGGAGAUGCCGGUCGCUGGAACACCCCCUAUGGCCCACGCCAUAGCAGGCUCCCAGGCACCAGCUCUAGCCCCCCUCUGCCAAGCCCAGCGCCCCACCAGCAAGUGCCAGGCUGGGGCACAGUGGACCACAGCUCCCCAGACUCCCUGUGGAGCCCCUCACCUUUGGAUGCCAGCGACCCCAGGCUCCGACAGGCCUUCCUGUUCCCCCAGCCCCUCAACCUGAGUGAUACCCCCGGCUUCUACCCCACCUCCUACCCCUCCUUGCCUGGGGAUCCCUCCUCGCCAGACUCCGGCUGCUGGGAGCUGGGGCAGGAGAGCACGCCCCCUGCUGGCCCGUCCCAGUAUAGCGGAGGCUGGGGGGGACCUGUCCCCAAGCAUCACAUGGACACAUGGAUCCCAGGACUACCCACCCACCUGGACGCCCCACUCCCAGUGCUGCCGGUGCAGUCGCUGCAGGAGAUCCUGGGGGAUCUGGAGUCGGAGUCAGAGUGCCGUAACACUCUGCUGGGGCGGCUGCUGAGUGAGAAUAAACCUGUGCUGGUGGCACUCUCACUGGACAAGAGGCCUGCAGACCCCCCGGGCCCCCAGAUGGGUGGCGACUAG